AUGGAUGGUCCACCAGAUUUUAUCUUGGUCGAUGAUUUUAUCGCAGGUCUGUUUCAUCAUACAUUCAGUUGGAACGAUGUCAUGUUAUUAUUAUUAGUUUGUCAUCAAUUCAACUACAUUGGACAGAAACAGGCAAUCAACAUCCCCUUCCACAUUAACACUGAUUUCGAUUUUGAAAAGUUCACAGUUCCUUCAACAAUGGCAAAGGUAGUACACAUUGACUGUAAUAUUUCCACGAAGGAGGCUGUCUUUGACCAUAUCAUAAAUUCUCUUACAAACUGCUUUGUCGUUGGUAUCAAUUUUAAUAACUUGAACGACUUGACAACAAUCAAAAAGAUAUGUAGCACAGUUUUAAAGAAAGGAAUGACUUUGGAUAUACUUAGUCCCUGUAGAUUCGAGAUGAACGAUAUUAUUUACAUGCUUAUCAAGACAUACCAUAAAGAAUACGAAGAGUACAAAAUGAAGCAGAGUGGAUCGAAACUCAUUAAGAGGAAACGUUCUAAAGAUGACUUCAUUAUGCUGCGAGUUCCCAAAGAUAUACGACUAAGACAGAAGUUUCUAUUAGAGCACAUUCUACAGAUGACAGAUUCAAGCCCCUUUGAUGUGUUCUACCAUAAUCACAGGUAUUAUGACGAUUGUGCUCAUUCCUUGAACAGAAUUGACCGAGUAACCACAGCCAAGGUAUCUCGCAAAACAUACACAGAUAAACAGUUUAUGGAAAUUUCAAUAUUUGCUGGACAUUACGAGUUAUUGGUUGUUGGUGGAUAUAUUCACAGGCAUGGUAUCAAAAUACCUGCUCUUGCUUCAGAGUACAUUUCUACCACGCGUCUAUUGAAUAAAUAUGUAAAAUGUCACUCUCGUCAACUAUGGGGAUUUUAUUGUGCACGAUCUUUUGCAAAAGGCUUUUACCCUAUUUCACCUGUUGAGCUAAUGGAUCAUGCUAGUCAGAAGUUUAGGAAACUCAAUAAUCAUCAUUUUAACUCUGUUGCGAUAAAAGACGAUGAUUUGGAAGCCCUUUGGUCACUCGUGAUCCGCUUACCUUUCUUCAAAACAAAGAUGAAAGCUGUCAGUACAACACCAACAAACUUCGCCGAGAUGUCUGAUGUUUUGAAAAAGAUUAAAAAUGAUAGUCAUAUAGGAUCUUUAAUUCAUAUUCUUGGCUCUAUACAGAUCAAAACACCUUGCUUUCUCCUCUCACUUUAUGAUGAAACAGUUGCAAAAGACAUUGCACUUAAAAUCAUGACAUCUGGUUUGAAAAGAGAGAUUCAAAGUCAACAUGACACUAUCAUUAACAAAGUUAAAAAGGAUUUAUAA